UUCAUAAUGCAUAUUAAUGCAGAAGAGAUAGGGGAACUAUUAUCAAACGAACCGUCGAGACUUGCACACGGGUAUUGAAUGGAGGGAGUGCAAAAAUGUGGAUAUCUGGAGGUUAAGGAACCCUCGUGUAUUAAAGGAAGAAAACUUAAGACAUGGAGAAGAAAAUGGGCUGUCAUGCAGGAAAUGAGCAAUUUAGCAUCUGGAACUCUAGCAGCAAAACUAGAUUUCUUUCUGAACGAGGCUUCCUCAAAAACAAAUCCUCCAUCUGCCGACAAACAGACAUAUCUUUUGGAAAAUGUCACAGCUGUUGAGCCAUGCUCUUCCAAAACUCACAAACUGGCAUUCCAGAUCGUACAAAGCACACCAAUCCUUGUUCUAUGUGCACAGACACAACACGAAACAGAUCAGUGGAUAUUGGCCUUCAAACAAAUAUUCUUGCCAAACCAGAGAGUAACAGAACAGGAUGGAUUCCCUGUUGCUGUCGUUUCAAAUGAUGACGCUAAGCGCUGCAACUUACAUGGGGAAUACCUAAUGGUGGUAUCUCCAGAAGUGAUUACUAUAGAAGGGACCAAUGGACAGACUGGAAUGGAAUGGAGGCUGGACUGUCUGAAGCGAUUCUACAUGGAUACAAGCAGACAGAACAUCCUGUUUAUAGAAAGUGGGGCGAAAGCUAGCUGUGGAGAAGCCAAAUUCGAGUUCCAGACGACACUGGUACAUGCAAUAUUGCAGGCGAUCAAGACAAACAUCAACAAGGCAAUCGAAAUGAGGAAAAGGCGAUCUUGUCUGAGUCAGGAUUCCCGGGACAGAACUAUGUCGAUGGAGCGAGGAUUUCACAACAUUUUAUCGAAUUCCGGACAAAGAAGUCGAGCUUCGUCUUCUGCAGAAAGCAACAAAUCAGUAUCUAGUCCUGUAACCAACUCCCCAACCUUGUCUAUCAAAAGCGCUCUGGAGAGAACUGCUUGCUGGCAAGAAAAGAAUGAUAAUUUCUCUAGAGUUCGAUGUAAUUCUUUAACACUCGGAAGUAACAUUAGUGAAGAAAGGUCUGAAGAAAACUCGCAUUCACACACAAGAAGUCUUUCUCUGCAUGUUCAGUCGGAUAAAUCUCCACACCAGUAUGAUAUUUUGACAUUAAAAGAUAAAGCCAAAUUGGAGAUAAAACCAGAAAUAGUUGCUAAAGUCUGUGUUGCAACAGAAAAUAGUUCUAAACCAUUGGAAGUCAUGUUAGACAGCCAUGGCUACAGUCACAUACCAGCUAAUAUUAAACACAGAGACAACCAGGAAUGUGAAACUGGUGCAAAGGAAUCUGAAAUUCCAAAGACUACAUCGAGUUCAGAUGUAACCGAGAACAUUUCUCCCAAUGUUAACGAAAGACCAUGCAUAGGUACAACCGAAGAUCACAACGCACAGAGUGAUAUGCAUAUGGCUAGUGAAAACUUAGAAGAGAAACGUUCAGCUUCCAUCGAAUCACACGAUUCGGGAGUUUCUUGUCCUUCAAGUUACCAGCCAUCCACGGCAGACGAACAGGUUCAUCGAAACAAAGAAUCGUUUGAUAGUGCUAUUUCGUAUUCAGAAAUAAGGGUCUCUAUUCCAGAGGCAAUCGUCGUCACCGAGAGUGGAAGUUCUGGGUUUACUAGAUCGUUUUCUCAGCCAGAGAGUAUGUGCUUCAAUGAACCCAAAAACGAACGUUCAAACUCCGAACCUACCAAGACAGUUGCCUGUGAAACUGGAUAUGCAAAUAUGGAAAGUGAGUAUGAAGACCUUGAUAAAUACAGAAAAGACUUGAACAAGUUUUUGGGGAUGAACGAUAAGCCCCCAGAGGAGGUCCCUCCAAGUCUCCCCGAACGCCCUGCAAGUUUACCUCCAUCGAGAAAAGUGUUAAAAGUCCCGAAAAGAAAAAGGGUCUCCUUCCCUGCCUUUGGAAACAAUCGGUCAUCCUCGUCAAGUUCAGAUUCUGAAGAUACAGAGCAUGAAAUAGCAGCAAUUGCUAGUUGGCCCAUAGGACAAAAUACGGGUAGUAAUGAUCUUUACGCUAGUGUUGAAAGAAAUGCAAAUGUUGUUGAAACAAAUACACCAGAGUAUGAUCAAGAUUUAUACGAGACUAUACCAGCAGAAGCUGAAAAAGAAAACACCGAAUCUCCAAUUUCUUCAAUCAAAACAUGGCCUCUGAAUCGUACAGCAAAAGCCAAUUGUAACCGAUUUUAUGAAUCCAACGUUUCAAUUCAAACACCAGCACUUCCGCCUGAGACAGAGGUGAUCGAUUCUAAACCAUCGUCAAAGAAAGGCCAAGAUGACAUUUCGAAAGAUUUUCUUACUGGAGAAGCUUCAUAUAUAUCUUCGAAAAAGCUUCCGGUUUUGAACCCUACAAAGCAAGCGUCGGUUGUGGAUCUUCUAGGUGAGGAUAUUCCAGACCUGUCCAAGAAGGUGCCGGUUUUGGACGUUAUGUUACCAUUCGGUUUUGAAGAAAUUAAAAACAAUCAGCACGGCACUGGAAUAUCACAAGUUAAAUUUACAAAACCCGAUGGAACACAAAACACUUUGCCAAAUAACCCUUUUCCAAAUAUAGCGCGUUAUAGUGGAGCUAUGGAAAGUUUUGCAGAGAACUCGAGAAACUCAGCAAGCCGAAAUUCUAACAGUUCCGAAACAGAAACCACAGAAGAAGGGAAUGUUGAAAAUAAAACUGAGAUUAUUCAGGAGGAAAAAGACUUGAUUGACUUUGAUGAGACAGAAUCGUCUUCAAAUCAGACACCAGACACGGAGGAUGUUUAUCUUGCAAUGGAAGAGAAAGAACCUGUGUACGUGGAACCUUCACUUUUACAACCAAGUGAAUGAUGGCAG